AUGUCAGACGAUAAUGUCAGUGAGAAACAGGCACCGGAGACACUUCGUCGCUACCAGACGGCUGAGAGCGUACUCCUUCCCAUUCCUCGCGAUGUCUUCGAAAAGCUCUACCUCAACCCAAAGACACCAAAUGCUAGCAAACUUCGCUCGACUUUCGGAAAUCCCACUCCCAUAUGCCUGAUGGGAUUUUUACUGGCGGCGACCCCCACUGCGAUGCUGACCAUGGGAUGGAGAGGAGCGGGAGGUAAUGGUGGUGCCAUAAUCCCAGUGUAUAUAUUCUUCGGUGCCAUGGUUCAAAUCUUGGGCGCCAUUGGCGAAUGGAUCUUGGGGAACACAUUUUCUUGCGCGUUAUUCUUCACUUAUGGCACUUUUUGGCUAGUCCAGGGCACGUCACUGAUGCCGUUCUUUGCCGUUGGCACAAUGUACUCGCCCACCGGCAACACCUUGGAAGGCAUGCAGACUCCCGAGUACAGUGCGACGAUCGGGUUUUAUUAUGUGUCUCUCGCUCUUCUUACCUUCAUCUACCUCAUAUGUUCGAUUCGGACGAACGUGUGCCUCUUCCUUGCGCUGUUUCUCCUUGUGAUCACCUUUGGGCUCUUUGCGGGAACAUACUUCCAGACGGCAGCAGGUAAUUUGAUUCUGGCUGCCAAGCUUCAAAAGGCUGCGGGUGCCUUCAACUUCGCCCUCUGCAUACCAAUUUGGCAUAUAUUCAUUGCCCAGAUUCUUGACGCGGUAGAUUUCCCGGUCGCCCUUCCUGUCGGCGAUUUGAGUACGAUUAUUCUGGGAAGAGCCCAAAAGACGCGGAAGCGUGGAGCUGAAAGCUCGAGUUAG